AUGGGCCGUCUGUCAGCCAGCCAGGCUGCUCCGCCUGCCUACAACUCUGACCAGGAAAAGGCCGCCAAUGCAAAGGGGACGAGUUUCCUGGCCGGCAAUAUUUCAGACGAUAAUGACUUCGAGAAGAGGGACCACACCCACCGCAAGCUCAAGUCUCGGCAUAUCCAGCUCAUUGGUAUCGGUGGUACCAUUGGAACUGCCCUCUAUGUGCAAAUCGGCAAGGGGCUCCUGAAUGGCGGCCCUGCCUCUCUCCUGCUGGCUUUUGGUGAGUCUGACAACGCCGUGCUAUAUCUGACCAGAUAUCUCCUCCCACUCCGUGACGUGAGCGCAUAG